GGUACUAGUUCUGAUAUUGAGUGCACCAUGUAAGGAUCAGAAUUACUGUGCCACGUAUAUAAUCUUAAGUGGAAACGUCUUUCAAAGUUCAAAAAUAUGUCUUCAAGAAGACCUAUAACUAGUGAGUCACCACACAAACAAGGCACUAGCUCUACUGGACGCACCAGACAGACAACCCUAGACACCAACACGACAAGAUGGAAACAAUCGUAGGAGAAUGGGUGGGAGUGUCCAUUGAGGGUCUUAAGGAACUGAUGGAUGCAAUGAACCUGUCAGCUGAAUUUCAAGAAAAGGCAGCAAAAGAUACAGCAGGUGGUAAAGCUACCAUACGAAAGGAUGGUGACUCUUGGAUAAUUGGUACUGGAAAUGCGAAGGGCAUGAAGGAGCAUAAAUUCCAGCUUAACAGUGAAUAUGACUACAAAACUUCAGAUGGUCGUGAAGCAAAGGUGACUGUCACUGAACAAGGCCCCAAGGUUGUUGAGACACAGAAACAUCCCAGUCUUGAUACAAUCGUAACAUAUGAAAUUGUAGAUGGAAAUCUAGUGCUGAGUAUUACAGAAUGUAAGACCAAUGUUACAGCCAAAGUUACAUACAAGAAAGCUUAAGAGAAGGUGUUAAGGCACAAUAGGACAAUUACAACAUCUGACAAUUAAUGCUGUCUCUACAUUUAACAAUGUGAGGAAACUACUAUGAUUGGUGAUAAAAGGGACAUAAUAGAAACUGUUAUAUUAUGAUGGGUUAUAUUAAGAUGAGCCAAGUAGGGUAACUUUAAGACAUCUGCCUCAGACAUAAGUCAUUAAACUUGUCUUACCUUAAAGUGAUCAUGCAAAAAUCUGGUUGUCAAAUUGGCUUUAAUUAAAUCUGCACAGUAGAGAUAUAUUUUGUAUUAUAACUGAUAAGUACAAAAUAUAAGAUAUGAUGUUAAUGGGUAA